AUGUUCCUCAACACGCUGCUGGUGGUCCUGACGGACCUGGCGGCUGGGCUCCUGGGUAACACUGCCUUCCGGAAGCACUUCCACCUGUUGCUGUCAGUGGUGGUGAUGUUCGGCCCGGCACUGAGCCUCUGGGUCUCCCAGCACAGCGUCUUUGCCAAGAGAAGCCACUUCCUCUACAGGAUGUUCCUGCGCUCCGGUUGGGGCUGGACCUGCAUCUUUGUCGGCUCCUUCGUCUUCCUCCUCUCCUUCUCCGUCCGUCGGUCCCUCUCUCUCUCCGUCCGCCACCUCUCCCGUCUCUGGGUGGCUGGAGGGCUGUGGCUUGGUUUCUGUAAAUUCCUGGACCUUCUGGAGAACACCACAGGAAGCUGCUACGAACCGUUACUCGGCGGCCCAGAGGUCGCCAGCGGGCAACCUCUGUUGGUGCUGCGAGAAGGGGAGAGUAAGUCUGUGUGCCUCAAGGCUGGGAUGCUGUGGAGGGGGUAUGAAGUUUCAGAAGAUGUCUUCCUCCUCUGUCUCUGCUGCCUGCUGCUGGCUGAGGAAACCGCCGUGUUUGGCCCUUAUCUGAGCCUGGGUGGGAUCUCAGGUGCCCCUCUGAGGAUCCUCUUCCUGUUCUGCGUUCUCCUGCUCUGGCUCUGGCUCUUUCUGCUGCUCUGUCUCUUGGCUUACUUCCCUCAGUUCCCCACUCAGCUACUAGGGGGUGCUCUGGGGUGCCUGAGCUGGAGGGGACUGUACCAGGGCUGGUAUUGCCAGGGGCCCAGCUGGUAUUGCCCCGGGAGGCCCGGACUGGGACUGCUCAACACCAAGACCAGCAGUACUGAAGCGGAGGAGGCCCAACAGAGCCUCAAUAACUGA